AUGGUAAGAUGGAGCUCUGUAGAAACGCAGAAGAGUUUUGUAGCGAUCACUGGUGCCAGUAGAGGACUUGGGAGAUGUAUAGCACUGCAAUUUGGAGCCAAGUUUCCUCCUGAUUCGGGUUUGGUUCUCAUGGCAAGAAAUUUGGAAGCUUUAGAAAGUGUCAAGUCGGAAAUGAUAUCUCAGUCUCUUAAUGUCAAAAUUGUGGUCCGUCAAUACGACCAAGGCAAUACCGAAGACGCUGAUUAUUUCAAUGAUAUAUUCACUGACCUUUUAUCGACCAACAACAUUUCUCCAUCGGACUUUGAACAAUUUAUGAUCGUCCAUAAUUGCGCCAAUAUCGGAGAUGUUUCAAAGCAUUCCUUAGAACUAUCCGACGCCAAAUUUGUCCAAAAGUACUUUGAUGUCAAUCUGACAGGAAUGAUUUUACUAAACACAAGCUUCUUCCGUACCUUCUCCGAUUCUACUAAAGCUCGUGUUGUAGUCAAUAUGACGUCAGCAGUUACAUCGACGCCCUUGCCGACUAUGCAUCUGUAUUGUGCAGGUAAGGCUUCCCGGGACAUGUUUAUGCGCGUGCUUGCCGUUGAGGACCCGUCUCUCAGAAUACUAACUUUUGCCCCAGGAGCCUCAGAUACAGAUGGGACGCGAGGAAUCGAGGCAAACAGUCGGAGUAAACCUUUGAUCGAAACACUAAAACAACUUCGGAAUAAUGGUAAGAUAACAUUUCCAGAAACACCCAUCAGCAAACUAGUGCAGAUACUGGAGGAAAACUCUUUCGAAAAUGCUGUGUACGUAGAGAGUGACAAGCUCUUUUAA